CCUGCCGCUAUCGUUGCCACGCAAUUAUCGUCUAGUUUCCAAUCAAUCCGCUUUUGUCUCAUGGUCGGCAUUGGAGGGGGGGUACCGAAUACAGACCUGGAUAUUCGCCUUGGUGAUGUUGUGGUCAGUCAACCAACAGGCACGCACGGGGGAGUGAUUCAAUAUGAUUAUGGCAAAGCACUGAAUGGCGGCAGUUUUGAGCGAAGAGGCAUGGUUAACUGCCCGCCUCUGAUGCUCCGUACAGCACUCUCCAAACUGCAAGCGAGCCAUCUUAUAGAAGAUAGUCAAGUUAUGGGUUUUCUAGCUGAGAUGAAACGCAAAAUACCCGAGCACAACACCACCAAAUUCGCUCGUCCGACUCGACCAGACCAUUUAUAUCUCACUGACUACAAUCACGUCAAUAUAAAUGCCAAGACUUGUGCUGGCUGUGAUAUAAGGAAAACUGUCUUACGACCUCCUCGGGACCACGAUCGGCCAGUUAUCCACUAUGGACUGAUAGCAUCCGCAAAUCAAGUAAUGAAAGAUGGUAGGCGACGAGAUCAACUGGCUCAAGAAUUUGGGGUAUACUGUGUCGAGAUGGAAGCAGCAGGACUCAAAGACUACCCGUGUUUGGUCAUUCGUGGUAUCAGUGACUAUGCCGACUCGCAUAAGAAUGAUGAAUGGCAAGGAUACGCAGCGACAGUGGCCGCUGCAUACGCUAAAGAACUUCUCUAUGUGGUUGAAACUAGUCACGCCAACACCUUCCCAGCACAAGUCAAGGAGACAAUGAGCUCCGAUCCCAUGGUUGUUACGGCUACACCAAAGACCCCUGAUUUGAGUGGUUUAAGCUUGGAUCGAACCAAAUUUCAAGACGACAUCCAAGAGAAUACAGUUCCUGAUAAGGACAAACACAUUUUAUCCGCGAUUGACUUAACAAAUGACGACUCUACUAUUCGGGCCACCCCAAGACAAUCAUCGCAGGAGGAGACAAGACACCCCGAGCGAACCCAGAACAAUAAAAUCAAAAACGAUGGGUACACUCUGAAAGGUCAUUCUGGUUUGGUAACGAGUGUGGCUUUCUCCCCAGAUGGAAAAACCAUAGGGUCUGGAUCUUUAGACCACACAGUUAGGCUCUGGAACACUGCCACAAAUGCAACAUCGCUCAUAUUGAGUAACCACUCUGACCGUGUGGAUACUGUGUUAUUCUCACCGGAUGGGAAGAGAUUGGCGUCUGUUUCUCGGGAUAGAACGGUCUGGCUCUGGGACUCUCUCACAGGCGCAAAGAUCUUCAUGCGGAAUGGGCAUGAUGACCGCGUGAAUACUAUGGGAUUCUCAACAGAUGGAACGCUGCUGGCAUCAGGAACUCUGGGGAAGGAGGUCAAGCUCUGGGAUACUGCCACAGGCAGCACGCGCAAGAUAUUAAACCACCCAGCCAGUCGCUUGACUGCCGUGGCAUUCUCCUCAGAUAGAAUGGUGGCAUCUGAGAUCUGUAAUGGUACUCCCAGGCUCUGGAACAGUACCACAGGCGAAUUCCAAACAAUGGGAACCUUGAAUGGCCAGGUGAACCAUAUGGUAUUCUCAGCAGAUGGAUCAACACUUGCAUGUGAAGUUCAGGGGAAAAUAAUUCUCUGGGACACUACCACAUGUGCAGUGCGCGCGACAUUGAAAGGCCACUCUAAGAAAAUAAAUACCAUGAGUUUUUCACCGGAUGGGAAAAUGGUGGCAACUGCAUCUAGUGACCGGACAGUUAAGCUUUGGGACACUGCCACAGGUGUAACGACUUACAUAUUGAGAGGCCAUUCUGACCGUGUGAAUGCUGUAGUAUUCUCUCCGGAUGGAACACUGGUGGCGUCUGGGUCUGAUGAUAAGACAGUUAUGCUUUGGAAAGUCUCCACAGGCAUGAAGGUGUGCAAACUAACAGGCUACUGGGGGAAAAAUAGUCUGGUAUUCUCACCAGAUGGGGAACUGUUAGCAUAUCCAUAUGGGCAGUGUAUUAAGAUCUGGAACAUUACUACAUAGAAAGUGAGAGGCAGUACAUGUGAUUUAUUUACACCUACCCUUCCUAAGGGAUAUGCAGGCUUCUAUGGCUAUAUAUAUCAAUCCUAGUCCUUCAG